AUGCUGCAGAAUCGGCCUUUUCGAGCCAUGGUGAUCCCGUGGGUCUUGGACCAGACCAUCGUGGCAAUGCUCUCCUCCUUGCUGCCCUUCUACGUGCAGUACGUCAUCUCGCCGGAGGAGAUUUGCGAAGAUAGCGAUCCGCCGAUCCCCAUCACGAGCAUGCGCUGCAGCUCCCGGAUGCUGCUUGGCAUUGGGUUGGUUUGCAUGCUGCUGGCCGCUAUCGGAUCUAUGCCCCUAUGGCAGAAGGCAGCCAUGGGCUUUGGUGACUACAGGACAUGGCUCGCCUUCAACUUUCUCAAUGCGAUCACCACCAUCCUGUUCAUUUUGGGGCGCUCGAGCACUGUGGCCAUUGUCCUCACGAUCCUCUUUGCCAUCCUGAACGGGGCGCCCAUAGGAGCUAGCUUCCUGACGGACAACAUCCUGGGCUUGGUCAUCGACUACGAUGAGCUGCGCACCGGGACUCGCAGCGAGGCCACCUUCACGAUGUUCGCCAGCUUCAUCCCUAAGGUGGUGAGCGUCCCGGCGUCCGCCUUCCCGUUGACGCUGCUGGCCUUGAUGGGCUUCCGGGACCCCGUGCAGGGCGAGCUGCAGACGCAGACGGACGCUGUGCAGUGGGGUAUCCGGAUCAUGUUCUCGGUGGUGCCUACGAUCCUGGCGUUGACCAGCUUUACGCUCAAAAGCUUGCAUUUUCCCUUCAAGGACUUGGCCAAGGCGGAUGCGGAGAUCAAAGCGGGCUUGGCCUUGCGAAAGCUUGGAGAGCCGUACCGCGACCCCUUGGAUGCGAGUUACAGGCAUCCGGACCACGCGUCCGAGACGCCCAGAAGGGUGGGCACCCUCUUGGAUCACUUCCCAGGGGUCGAGGUGCUCGAGCGGCUCCGCGCCGAGGGCGCCGCUUUCUUGAAGUGGCGCUGCCUGCGGCAGCUGGCAGGGCUACUGAGCUUGGCGUUUGCUUGUGGCCUAUGCACUGGCCUCACUAUGGUCUUGGGCUAUCUGAAUAACAACAAGCUCAGUUGGCUUCCGUCCAUCUUGGUGCUGCUGACGGGCUUAGGUAUCCUCUUCAGCCUCGUGGCCGGCCUGCGCUUGCGGGCGGCGCUCGCACUGGAAAAGCUGCUUCUAGAGCUGGGCGUGGAGGUGGUCGAGGCGACCAGCACCCGGCGGCGUGCCUUGCAGCAGGGCGACCUGUCGCCCCACGUGGUGGAGCGGAUCGCCGUCUGGACGGCGGAAGCGUGGCACAGUUGCAGUGCAGCCAUCGAAAGCACUUCCAAAGCACUUCGUGGCGCACCGAGGCAAAGCUUUGCCGCCCAUCAGCGCUCCGUGAUGUCGGUGGUGUCAGCACCUUCAGUGCCAGGCGCUAUGAAGCAGCAGGCGGAGCAGGGUCAAGUUCCGCGGCCUGGCGAGGGGCCUCCACCCGAGCUGCGGGCGCUCUACUUCUCAGAGGUCUUUGCACUGGGCGAGGCCGAGGAUGGCAGGUGGGCGCAUGUGCACUACCGCGGGCCGGAGGCCUAUGAGGUAACGGCCAUGGCUGCAGUCACUGGUGCCUUGGUCAUCCUUGAGGAGCCCAUGGCAUUGAGGCGCGCUGGCCUGGUGACACCAGCCUUUGCCUUUCAUGGCACGAACUUCGUGAGCCCAAACGCAGCCGACGAGGAUUUCCUGGUCAUCGAUGCCACGCCGCAGGUCUACGGCCAGGCGUCGCACGACCCCGCCGCCGAGCUCCAGCGGCAGAUGGCCUCGGCGGCGGCGCAGAGCGCGGCGGAGCAGGGCGCACGGGUGGCCGGAGAGAAGGCGAAGCAUGGCUUCUAUGAAGUCAAGGCGUAUAUCGUGGAGAACCCCUCGAGCGUGAAGACCCUGUGCUUCCUCAUUGGGCUGAUCUUGAUGAUCUUUAGCAUCUUGGGCGUGAUCAACCCCUUCGGAGCCUUCAGCCGACCGGGGGAGUACUUGGCCAAUAUCUACAACGUCUUCUUCGGGGUCAUCAUUUGCAUCUGCGAUGGGAAAGAAGACUGGAUGAGGGCCUGCGGUGACGUUCAAACAAAGCUCUUCCAACGUGCCUUCUUCUUAGCAACGCCCACUGGGAAAGCGUUCUUCUACUUCUAUGUCGGCUCAAUGACCAUUUUGAUGCUUCCGGAAGGCAUUUGGUCGGUCAUCUACAUCAUCUUGGGCUCAUGCCUGAGUCUUUUGGCGCUUGUCAUGCUGUUCUUCCAAUAUUGCGGUGGCUAUUGCGGCAGCGGCUAUGGUCAAAUGGCAGCCGGGGGGUCAUCUGGACAGCUCUGA